AUGGCUGCGCGCGGCGUGCAGGAGUACGUAGCGGCGGUGAGCCGCGCGGUAGACGCUAAGGACGGGGAGGCGCUGGCUUCGUUGUUGAGGGUGUUGCGGCCAGGCUACCCCGAAGCCGUCGCCAGUGGGCUCGACCACGACAUGGCGCGUUUGCUCAGCCGAGUGCCGGAGAGGCUGGGCGAGAUGCUCCUGCCGUUGAUGCAGGCCAUGGCCGCAAUCCAACGGCACCAAUUCACAGACGCGUUCGGGGAGAUGCUGCAGGCCGCUAAUCUGUUUCUACCGGUGCUGCGCAACUGGGAGGGCACGUGGGCGCUGCCCCCGCUGCACGCGGUGGUGCACGACCUCCGCGUGCUGGCGGAGAAGGCGGACAUGGAGCAGAGGGCAGCGGGCAAGUCACCGGAUAAGCUCAAGGCAGCGGCGUCGUUCCUCAUGAAGGUCUUCGGCGCCAUCGCUGGCAAGGGUCCUAAGAAGGUGGGGUCGCUCUAUGUGGCGUGUCAACUCUUCAAGAUCUACUUUAAGCUGGGGACGUUGAAUCUGAGCAAGAGCAUCAUCCGUGUGAUAGACUCCUCCAAGGGCUUCGAUGACUACCCAGCCAGAGACCAGGUGACCUACAAGUACUACACGGGCCGUCUGGAUGUCUUCAACGAUGCCUUCCUGCUCGCAGAUGAGAAGCUUGGCUUUGCCUUGAGGCGCUGCCAUCGCUCCAGACCAUCCAACAUACGGCGCAUUCUGCGCUAUCUCAUUCCAGUGCGCCUGUCGCUGGGCCACCUGCCCUCGCCUGAGCUGCUCCGCAACCACCACCUGCAAGAGUAUGAGGGAAUCGUGCAGGCCAUGCGAACAGGCGAUGUGCGGCUGCUGAGAGACACACUCAGUGCCAAUGAGGACAGGUUCCUACGCGCGGGGGUGUAUCUGCUGCUGGAGAAGCUAGAGCUCCAUGUUUACCGCCGCCUCAUCAGAAAAAUCCACGUGCUACAGCGAGCCAAGGACCCGGCGCGAGCGCACCAGGUGCGGCUGGAGGUGGUGGUGCGGGCGCUGGCGGGGCGGGGGGUGGCGGUGGACGUGGACGAGCUGGAGGGGCUGGUGGCCACGCUCAUAGCGCUGGGCUUCGUCAAGGGGUACCUGUCGCACAAGAGCAAGGUCGUUGUUCUCAGCAAGCAGGACCCCUUCCCCCGCCUCACCGGCCGCGUGCUGCUCUGA